AUGAGGCUUUCCUUGUUGCACCCAGAAAGAUUUGGUGCUGUAAUAACUUUAGGCAUUCCUCCUGGUCCCUAUGCUAUCAAAAACCACCUUCUCCCCAAAGGCUUCUACGUUACUAGGUGGCAGGAGCCUGGGAGAGCAGAAGCAGAUUUUGGCCGGUUUCCUGUGAAAUCGGUGAUAAGGAACAUCUACACUCUCUUCUCUAAAAGUGAGGUUCCAGUAGCAGCUGAUGAUCAAGAAAUCAUGGACUUGUUCAACCCAUCUACUCCUCUACCACCAUGGUUCUCUGAGGAAGACCUUGCAACCUAUGCAUCUUUAUAUCAAAAAUCUGGAUUCAGAUAUGCAUUGCAGGUUCCUUACAGGAGUCUCAAGGUGGGAACUGGCUUAGGUGAAGUGAAGGUUACAAAUCCAACUCUUCUCAUCAUGGGUGAGAAAGAUUAUGUUUUCAAAGUUUCCAGGCACGGAGGACUAUAUCCGAAGUGGGGCAGCGAAAAAUGUUGCGCCGGACUUGGAAAUCACAUAUAUUCCGGAAGGAAGCCAUUUUGUGCAUGAACAAGUUCCAGACAAGGUGAACCAGCUCAUCAUUGAGUUCACUGACAAACAAAGUAUCUAAAUCUGUUAUGCGGCCAAAAGGAUGUUUCCAUUAAGAUCUGUGUAAUUUCUAGUCUGCUUAAUCCA